AUGUCGGCUAAUGUGCAAGCUCGAGACAUCAUGGAAUGCCCUGAGUGCAAGGGGAAGACUCAGAUUGUCGUGGACUAUGCUCAAGGUUCGGUGAUUUGCCGUAAUUGUGGAUUGAUUUUGGAGAUGUCAUGCAUUGAUGAUUCGCAAGAAUGGCGGUCAUUUUCGGAUAGCAGUGGACCGGACAGGAAUCGAGUUGGAGGGACGACUAAUAAUAUGUUGCAUUCUGGGGGCUUGGGCACUAGUGUUGGUUUUGGCAAUAGUAGAUUGGCCCGUACCCACAUGAUAGCUGUUAAUAGUGAUAAUGUGGAUCGUACUCUCAACAAGGGCCAUAAGAUUCUACGGGAUAUUAUGGACGCCUUGGCUUUGCCAGACAAUAUUUACACACGAUGUUGUCAGAUAUUGAAACAGAUGGACGAUAGUGGAUUGUUGAAGGGGAAGACGAAUUAUCCGUGGCUGUUGGCAGUAACGUAUAUGGCGUGCAGGCAGGAGGGAGCUGGGAGGAGUAUCAAGGAGAUACUCGCCGCCCAGCCUACUGUGAAGGAUAAAGAGGUGGCUAAGAAUUUCUGGCGUCUUGAGAAGAUGCUCCAGAAGGCAUCAGUACAAGAGGCUCGUACGGCUGCUGGUGGUGGACCAGUGUCGGCAGCUAAGGUCGGCGGCGCGGGAGCGGUGGCGGGAGAUACUUUCAUGCCGCGUUAUUGCAAUCGUUUGGGUAUACCGGAAUGCGAAAAAGCGGCUGAUCAUGUUGCGAUGCAAGCAGGUCGGUAUGGUUUGAUCGGCUCUCGAAAUCCCUCAGCUGUGGCGGCUGGGGCGCUGCUCGCUGUUGCUUAUGCAAUGAAUGUUGAGAAGAAGCCAUCGUUGGAUCUGAAAGGUGUUUUGUUGGGUCGUCUGGUUCGAGCGCUUGGAGUUUGCGAUCAUCCUGCGUGA